GCUGGCGGUGUUACGUAGCAGCCAGUAUGUCCUCUAAAAGUUAACAUAAAACUUAUUUUUUCAAGUUACUUUAUGUAAAGUUUACUUACAAUAACAAAAAUAUAACACGUGUUUUGCUUUCAUAAUGACUUCGAAUUGUUCUCCACUACCCACCGCUUGCAAACACGGACGUGCAACCGCGUUUACUGCAGCCCUACGAAGUCUGGUCAACAAUCCUGAAUUCAGUGAUGUAAAAUUUUUGGUGGGUAAAGAGAGGAGAGAGGUGUUUGCCCACCGCUGUAUUCUUGCUUGCCGAUGUGAAGUUUUUCAUGGCAUGUUCAGCCAUCAUUUCCAACGUUCAGUUGUUAAGGAAUGGUUGGAAGAACCCCUUGUGCUCUCUGAAGUGCAGCCAGAUGUGUUUUUGGCAGUGAUUGAGUUUCUGUAUACCAAUUGUGUAUCGUUGAACAAGAUCAUUGCUUUGGAAGUUUUAACAUCGGCUGUGGAAUAUGGUCUGAAUGAUCUUCGAAAGCUGUGCAUAGAAUUUAUCACUGAUACAUUAACAGUUGAAACAGUUUCUGAAGCAUUCCAGGCUGCAGUGACAUUUGGCCAAAUUGAUAUGAGGGACAAGUGCCUUGAGUUCAUUGAAAAUUGCACAAAGGAAGUUGUAUCCACCCGUGGAUUUUAUGAGCUAUCUGAUGUGGCACUGCUGUUUAUUCUGAAAAGUGAUCACCUCCUGAUAGAUGAAUCGGAGCUUCUGUUGGCUGUUCGUGAGUGGGCUCAUGUCAACGCACUGGUAUUAGAGCGUCCCAUUGCUGAAGUAGCUAAGGAAGCUGUAAGGGAGGUGCGACUCUUUCUGCUGUCUCCAGAAGAACUCACCAAGCUUGAGAAUGAAAACCAUAAAGAUAAUCUAAUUCCAGUGGAGCAGAUCGCAGAAGUCUGGAAGUUUCAUGCUCUAAAGAAGUGGAGCCCAGGGGCUCAGUCCCAUCUGCUGCAGAGACGCAAGGGCACCCGACGCCGAGAACACCACCGUUACUUAAACCAUUCACAUAAAUGAAAAAGUCAUGGUUGAAAUAUCCCUAUCUCCAUUUCUGUUCAUAGGGAGAUGUAGAUGCAUAUAGUAUACCUCCUCCUCCUAUUUAUAUAUUCUAUUAAAGGGAACAUGCUGCCUUUCUGUUAUGCAGGUGUACAGUAUACAAAAUGACAAAAGUAAGACUUGUUCUAAGGGUUUUAUUUUUUUGUCUUUUCAAGCAGCAAUCAUUAUGCAGAUGCUAUACACUUUCAGAAGUUCUCAAUGUUUGUGUUGUUAGUCUUAUGUUAUUUCUCUGUCAUUGCUAAUUUUGUAUUAUUUAUUUAUUUCCUUCUUUUUCUAGAAAUUUAAAAACAGUUAUCUUUGCUGUAGUAUUGAUAAAUGAUCAAUUAAUGGUUGCAAUUUUCUGUUUACAUUUAAGAUCCUUGAAAUUUGUUAAAAUAUUUUUCCAAAGCCAGUCUAUUUCACUAAACCUUUAUACUUUUUAUGUCUUAAAAAUUAUUGUACUAAAUCAUGUUUACUUUGGUCAUAUAAUGUUUUCAAAGCCAUAUCUCUUCAAGGUGAAACAAUAGACAGGAGUGAAAUUACUGUCAUAUUCCUACUUUAAUAGUCCUUAUAAUUCCUUAGUAUUAGUCUCCAGUACUGUUUAGAUAUUGUAUACUAUAAAUAUAAUAAAUACAAAUAUUUAUAGUCAUAAUUAAAUUCAAGAGGAAAAAUGCAGUCAUAAGAAGAAGAACUUGUACUAGGAAUAUAUGCUCAUAAAACAUUUUCAUUGAAUUUUAAAAGAAAAGUGCACAUCCAGAGUUUAAAUAAAAUUGAUAACCUUUUUUUUUUAACCACUGCAGUGUUUCAGGCUAGUUAUCUGUAGGUGGUCUUAAAGAUACUCAUUGUUGAUGACAAUAUUUACUUCAAUUGUCAGCAAUCAUUAAUCAUUUCAUAUCUCUUGAUAGUUAAAUAUUAUAAGCAAAGAAUGCAUGUUUUUCCAUCAAUUUUGUGUAAAUAUAGUUAUCCUACUUUGAAAUGUACUUUGGACGUAUUUUAGAAGCAACAGGUUUUUUGCUUUCUUUCUUUGUAGUGUUUCUAAAUUAACUGUUCCAAAUAUCGGUCCCAUGUGUAAUAAAAUAUAGCACAGUAUGAAAAGUGGCACAAGAUUUAUGAAGGACAGUGGUUCUAGGUCAUUCUUAAUGAGGUUUUAUAUUUUAUAUUUUAAUUUCAAUCUCUGAGAUUCAUGACUAAAUUACUUACAAGUAAUAGAUGUUGCUAAAGUUGUCAUGAUGCAAAUAUUUGGUAAGGGGUAGUCUGAAUUUUAGGCAGAUGAUUUAUGAUGUUAAAAAACAAUUGUUGGUUUCAAUAAAUUGGUUAUUUUUUUCCAUAUGUACACUUGAACUUUAUUCACAUAACCAUUUAAGUUACCAACAAAGUAAAUUGAUUGGUUGGAAUUACGAUCUGUCUAUGUAGUAUAACCUUUUCAAAUUUGCUUAAUCCAGUAACAAACAUUUUUCAGUGUUAUUCAGUCCCUAGAACACUCAUCCAACUGCAGUCAGCAAUUGCCAUUCCAUAGUCUUCAAUUAAGCUAACUUGCACAUCUCUUGGAUGAGGGAGGAAAGCAAAAGUAUCCUUAAAAAUAACACCACUUGGCAAAGCAUGCAAAUUCCACAUAGAAAGAGUGCAGCUUGGGACUUAAACCUAAGACUCUGGAGCUACAAAGCAGCAGUGCCAGCAGGUUGCUUCUAUGUUAUGUCUUUUUCUUUUCGUUAUUCUGCCAUCAUCUUUAAAACCUACCUCUCUCAAAAUAGAAAAGUAGAAUUGUGCAGAAAAUGAAGAAUAUAAUUUGUCUGUUGUAGGUGUAUUUUUUUUAUAACUUGUACCAUGAUUUUUUUUUUUAUUGUUCUCUGGAAGCAACGUAUGACUUCACCAUAUGUAGCUUUGAUUUUCCACUGCAUAUAAAAUUAGAAUUUAUUAUGUAAUGUUUAAUAUUGGCGGCACGGUGGUGCAGUGGGUAGCACUGCUGCCUCGCAGUAAGGAGACCUGGGUUCGCUUCCCGGGUCCUCUCUGCAUGGACUUUGCAUGUUCUCCCCGUGUCUGCGUGGGUUUCUUCCAGGUGCUCCAGUUUCCUCCCACAGUCCAAAGACAUGCAAGUUAGGUGGAUUGGCGAUUCUAAAUUGUCCCUAGUGUGUGCUUGGUGUGUGUGUGUCCUGCGGUGGGCUGGCGCCCUGCCCAGGAUUUGUUCCCUGCCUUGCACCUUGUGUUGGCUGGGAUUGGCUCCAGCAGACCCCCCGUGACCCUGUAGUUAGGAUAUAGCGGGUUGGAUAAUGGAUGGAUGGAUGUUUAAUAUAUAAAUUAAACACUUGUUUCUAAUUUCAGAAACAGACAUUGAUACUUACACAUCUUCCCUCAGUGUGUGUAUUUCUGUGCAUCAUGCUUUUAUUUAAAACUUGAAACCUCCAUAUAUAUCAGUUUACGUUCUGCUUUGGAUUAUCCACCCAAAAUUACACUGUCUGUUCAGCUGAUAAUAAAUAGAAGAGCCAGCUCCUUAAAGUGUACAGUAGUUGCACAAGAAGCCAUGUUCUUUAGAUUUGAGUGGCUUACAAUAGAAUUAUGGCAACAGUUUUCUUGUAUAGUGUAAACUUAACAAAAUCAGUUUAAGUGAAUGCAGUUUUAUCAGUUAACUAUUAUUGGUAAGUAACUUGAAAUCAUUAGUUUAUACUUUGUUUAUUUAUAUAAACAAUAUGGCUCAAUUAUCCCAUAGUCAUCUGGUUAAAGUUACUGUGUGAACAGUCAAUUUGUUAAGGAGCACUAGUUAUAAAAUGUUAUGUAAAUUUCAAAAGUAACUAAAAGUAAUGUGUUUAUUGAUACCUUUCCAUUAAUUUAUUAAUUGUCUGAAAUUAUUUUUUUACAAGCACUGAUGUUAACUGAGGUGUUUGUUUUUUUUUAAUGAAAAGAUUAAAAGAAAAGAAUACCACAGUCUAAAUUUAGCAUUUGUCUUGCAAUGUAAUGAUCUCGAUUUUAGUAAUUUUUAUUAUGAGCAUGUACAGUACUUGAUGGAGUAUAAAUAUUAUUAUUAAGCCUUUAUACAUGGUUUACAGUCAUAGCACAUACAGGUGACGUGUCUUGCUCAUUGUCACACAGUGUUGGUAGUGGGAUUUGAACCCACAACCUCAGGGCUUGAAAUACAAAGUCUUAUGCACUACACCACAAUGCCUGACUUAUUUGUUAUAAAAUGCUUCUGGUUUGAGUUAUUUUACAUAUUUUCAUAUAUUUGAUAACAGGUUAAAACAUGCCUGGCAUUUUACAUAAUUUUUUUUUUACCAUACUGUUUGACAUUUUACAUAAAUUGGCAAAAAUAUUUAACAUUCAUCACUUGUCACAUACACUGUAAUAUGCAACUGUUCCAGUUCAAAUAUAUUCUUAUAUGUAUAAAGUACAUUGCAGAUUCUUUCUUGCAUAUCUGACCAACGUGGCACAUCUCCAUUCUUUAUUGUCUGGCAUUGAAUUGAACACUGAGUUGAAUUGGACAAUGCCUAGUGUGUCACUAAUGUGUUGAUUAUGUAAUAUAAUACAUAAACAGAACAAUGGCAUUUUCAGCCUUAUUUUGACCAGAUGUGUAACCAAGACAUCAGUUUAUUUCUUGUGUAUUAUAUUGGUUGUCUACUGCAUGUCUAAUUUGUUCAGUGUUAUAGUUUUACUUUUGCUGGACUGUUCCAGCAGUAUUAAUCAGUCUUUAAACCUUUACAAUUGAAUUGCUCAUAUUUACUUAGUAUUAAUUUAAGGUUCACAGCAAAGUGAAGCCUUGGUAUGAAGUGUUAUAUACAGGUACUUGAUACAGUACAUACACACUCCAUGUAAGAAAAACUCUGAAUUUUGAAUUGUAAUCAUAGUAAUGGAGAAAUUAUUUUGCCUGAUGUUAUGGUUGCUGAGUUUUCACAUCAUACACUUUAGUUUAUUGUAAUGUUCUUUAUGUAAAUACAAAAUAUAUGUCAUAUACUUGUGAGAAUUGUCUAUUAUAAAAUGGUCUUGCUGUUUUUACAACUUAAGGCAUAGUGGUUAUAUACACAUAUCUUGGGUUAGUAGUUCUUCUAAACGUGUUUCAUUGUUUGUCUAAACUUUUAUACUUGUAUGUGUUUUAUGCUCGAACAUUUCUUUUUUCUUUUCUUUUUUUUAAACAAAACUAAUUUUUUUGCAGGUUAAAAAACUGCUUAUUUAGCAGGCUUAAGGUUUUGACUGCUUAGGCCUGGCUAUUGUAGUUUUUAGUUAUAUUUAAUGAAGUAAGUGUAGGCACUGUAUCAAUGUGCAUCUACGAAGGAAAAAAUGUUAACCUUUUUUUCCUCAGCUAUAUUUAUAUUCAAAUUGAAUACUUUACAAAGCUAUUUUUGUAUGUAAAAACUGGCAGUUGUGGAGUGGUCAUGUUUUAUUUACAGAUUUUUAUUUUAUUUUUUUUUACUCCAACACUGUUUAUGUACUUUAUAAUCUCUCUUUUGUGUCUUGAAAACACAUUGAUUUAUAGAAUGAAUAGUCAGAGGAUCUGUAAACCCUUCAUAAAUUCUGUAAUUAUUACCAGUGGUCUGAUUGCUGAGGAGUGCCGCUACAUAUUUACUGGACAUGGCUGAGAUGCUCCCACUGAUCAGUAUUGCACAAGUUUCUGAUUUAUAGCAUAAGUUAUGUUCUUAUUCUAAUGUUUCAUCUAGGCUGUUAGCAAAAUAAGUAGCUAAUGGUCUUAAAAAUUACAAUAAUAAUAUGUAAGCAUGGACAAAACAAAUAAAUUAUGCCUUUGAA